CAUUGUUUCAAUCCGAUGACUUGUGAAUUUAAAUUUUGAUUAGGUUUUGUGAUAUUAUGUACAACGAUUUUUUGGAUGAGCAAAAGUCGUAGGAGAAAAUAAACGAAUUGGAUGUUUUUGUUUCUUCCAUAGAAUUAUCAAUUUGGAUGGGUUACUGCGCGACGAAUAGUUCGAACUUUUCUCCACGAGUUGUACGUGCAACUCUAACCUCAAAAACGAGGGACUGUAUGUGUGAGAAAUUCUGUAGGACACUAUCAACGUUUUUGAAUAUCCAAUAAAUAUAAUUAUUAGCAAAAUUUGCCACGAUGGCAAUGCAAAUUCCUACUGACGUUGAAAACGAGCAAGUCAAAUCAUUCAAGGAUUUCCUUCAGUCCUAUAACAAACUCUCGGAGAUUUGUUUUGUCGACUGUAUAUCAGACUUCACGACAAGGGACAUAAGGGACAAGGAGAACAAAUGUGCAGUGAAUUGUAUGGAAAAAUAUAUGAAGAUGACUCAAAGGCUAUCGCAAAGACUCCAAGAAUAUCAAAUGAUACAAAACGAAAAUGCACUUGCUGCUGCCAAAAAACUUGGACAUUAAAUUAGUUUUAGGAUUUGUUGAAAGGCAAAAGGUACAAUUUCACUAUUUAGUUAGCAAAAUAUGGUUACCAUCAAAGAGAAAAAUGUGAAUACAGAUUGUUCUUGUGUUUUCCAUAUAUAAUUUAUUUUAUAUGAUGA